AUGGAUUGCCUUUACACAGACGGCGAUGGCAAAGUGCCUACUUCGGUGCGGGAGAAGACAAUUGCGGGUGAAUGGGUAGCCCUGAAUGCUUCCGCAGGCAAGAUUCCCUCCACAGCGGUCUUCGAGCAGGCACUAGAAGAUCGCGCUUUUCUCUUGCCCGAACUGGCAGCGCGACCCACAAGCUGGACCUGGACGAAGCAACCUACGUGGUACUCAGAUAAGUAUCACUGGGAUGCCUGGAACGUAGUCGACUACUUCGCUGACGAGAACGAAUCAGUCCCGUGGUAUUUUAGCGGAAGCAGCCCGGCAUGGGAGAGCUCUGAAGGGAAAUUCCACUUCCAUCCCGAGAUCCGCUCGAAAGCGGAGGACUCUCUCUCCAGGCUAUGGCUAUGCGUUGAAACCAUCACAUCGAAUCCCCCCUUCAAGACCGGAACUCCUCAUCCCACUAAAUUCAACUACCUCCUGUUAUCCGCCGCCUGGGACUCGGCGCGAGGCGCAAUGUCUCUCAUGGAUGAUGCAAAGGGACGAGCGCUCGAGUACCUCGGUUUUUUGAACUGGUGGUCUUCGUCAGUCUCCAGGUGGGAGGAUCCGCUACAACGAUGGAUGGUGGACUACGUCGCGAGUUUUAAGUUCAGGGAUUUGAAGAAAAGGGGAGUUUUUCUAGACCUACUGGGCCAUUGGAGAACAUUGAACGUUGCUCAUCUGCUAGCAGAGAACGUACCAGUUUACUACUUUUGGCAGGACGACUUAGACGACUAUCCCUGCUUCACGCGACUGUCGCCAUCUAUCCUUCAAGCGUACCAUGAUACCUGCAGUGCCUUAGACAAGACAGAGGUCCUUGUGGACGACAUGAUGGGCCUCCAAGAUGAAAUGGACGCGAUCAGAUCUUACAACGACUUUUUCCAAUUACGACGCGCACCAGAUCAUAUGGUUUCCCCAGUGUACGCGGACAUUCCGUCGGGAGCAGUGGUAUCCAUAUGCGAUUUCGAGGGCUGGUCAGCUAGAUCAUUGACAGAGCCCCUCCUUAUUCGUGAUUACGCGGACAGGUAUCACCUCGCCAUCGAAGUGGACGAUCGUGACACGUAUGUUACCAUCUGGCGAUGGAAGCCCCGGCGAUCCGACCUAGUCAGAGAGCAGAGAGCCGGAACGCUAGGGCCAGGGAUCAGCAGAGAGUCACAAAGGAGCGAUCGGGAGAUUCGAGAGUUGUACAAAAGCUUUUACGCCCCGACGAAGAAGUCCCAGUUCGAUGAAUGGGGUCGAGUUACUUUGGCCAGCCGACUGGGAGACACAUAUGACGAAUACCAAGGGAGCCCCACCGCAACGGACUCUGGGGGAAACCGGGAACCCCUUCCACGUCCGCAUUGGGUACCUGCAGCUCAUCCUCUGCUCGUCAUACCACAACCAGCUUCUCCGGUCACAAUCGCUUCCCGAUGGACACAAGCGAUGUCCGCUCCAUCCAGUCACUCCGGCUCCAGGGCAUCCUCAGCAGCACGUCAAUUUCGAAGUUCAGGCGACCAAGAUUUUCGUAGAUGGUCAGCCUCGCCACGUCGUGGUCAACCUACGUUGCCCAAUCAACGAGCAGUAUACAUUGAGGAGUUACGCGACCUAGCGGGUCAAUAUAUCAGCGCAGUGGACCCUUGGACCAGUAAGCGGCCCCUAGCUUGGAACCCGGAUUACCUCGACGUCGGUUAUCUUCUCAUACCUGAUAUUCGCGCACAAGCUCGACUACGGUUCUGGGCCACUUGUUCCCCAGAUACUCCCUCGAUGCCAGCUCUUUUGUUCAAGGCGGUCUGUCACGGGUUACCACUCACCAUUGGAGUCAAAGUCGAAGACUUUGGGAAAUUCAAACCAGAGGAGGUCUCUGACAUCGACCGUCUAGUAGGGAAGCCGUCAUCGACGAUCGAAGCACCAUUCGCCUAUACUGCGCAGGGAGCCUUACGCGCUUAUUAUAUGAGUCGUGUGAACGAUAUCAUACGAAGGCCGCAUGCCAGAAUCUUAGUUGGUAUGGGAGGCCCUAUAGCCUGGUUGGGUCGGAAAUGGGGCGGAAUGGAACUUGUCACGCAAUUCAUGGAGGGCCCUUCCCCAGAUGUCUAUCUCCACCGACGCGGAUACAUCGACUCAGACGACGAGCACCCCAUGUUCCUAUACACUGACGAAAUGUCCCCCCAAGAAAUCGACAUCCUUUUUGGCUGCAUUUGCAGUGACAGCGACCGUGACAAGUCCCUGUAUCCCUCGAAGGACAUUCUAGAUGAAGGCUGUUUCUUCUGGACUGGGGAGUGGGACAGCCGCAUGGAUAACAUGUUCAAUGACAUUACAAAGGAAAUCCUGCAGGGCUCCGCAAAGUUCAGGACCCCCGGGAUGUGGAACAAUUACUUCCGUCGAUUGAACCGAGGCCACAGGGGAUCGCGGGAACGCCUCAACCAAGUAGUCCCAGCCAUGUUAACUCGUUUACAUUCCAAGAUCAUCGACGGCUUUCUCGUGGACUGGAACAAGCGUCGCUUGAUGGAUAUCAAGUUGCCCGAAGAGUACCGGCCACGUCAAGUGGGGAAUAGGGGGGCUCUGUAA